GCGGCCGAGGGAAAGGGCGGGGAAGGACACGGCUUUUUUUGGGGUGGGCGGUUGGCGCGAGACGCCCCGCACGUCUGCCCCUCCUGCCAGAGCGGCCACGGUCCGCGGCAGAGCCGGAGCCCCGCCGCCAAACGUAGUUACCCUUCCCCGGAGGCCGGAAGGCAGGAGGUAACCCCCCCCUUCCCUGCUGCCGCCCGGCCCCGGCCUCCUGGGGGCCGUGGGCUCCUGCGGGGCUGGUUGCAGGGGGCCGGCGUGGCAGGUCCGAGGGCAGCCCCGGAGCCGUGCCCCGAGGCCAGGGGCUGAACGCUUGUUCAAGGCGUCUGCUUGGCCUCCUGCAGGAAAGUCUGCCCGUCUCCCUGGUCUUUGUCUUCAGAUAAUAACAAUAAUGGAUGCAGACGGCAGAGGUUGGAGAUUCACUUGCUUGUGAUUGAACAUGGCAGGGGAUGUGAAAAGAUUCACACGCAUGCUACUGGAAUGCAACAGCAAUGACAAGCUCUGUGUUGUGCGUGAAUAUCAGACCGAAGUGAUUGUUGUCCCAGCUCUCCUUGUGGGUUUUUUUGUCAUCCUGCUAACCGUGAUCCUUUGGCUCCAUUGUCGAGGCUUGCGAACAAAGCGGGAGGAAUCACCACCAUCUGGACAACAAGUGAAUGACAGGAACCAGCAGGAAUCUAGCUCACCAGAGAACCACUAUAUACAGCUGAGUGAAACAUCUGUGGAGAGCCUACUAAGUUCUGCAUCCCUGACUCUGAAAGAACUGGAGAUACCACGAGAGAAACUCUUACCAGGCACCUUCCAGGUGAUAAAACAUGGCCGCUAUGGGAGCAUCUACAGAGCAGAAUUGGAAACUGGAAACCCCGGGAAGACUAUGUCUGUCAUAUUGAAAGCCUUACAAGAUCUGGCUGGUCCCCAGGAAGUAAAGGAUUUCCUGGGAAGGAUUAAAUUCCAUCAAAAUCUUGGCCAUCAUGAGAACCUGGCUGAAUUGGUUGGAUGCUGUGUAGACCGGUUCCCACUUUAUAUGAUCAUGGAAGAUGUAUCUCUUGGUGACCUGUUGACAUUUCUAUGGACGUGUCGGAAGGAUGUAAUGACAAUGAAUGGUAUCCUCUAUGACCUCACUGAGAGGCAAGUGUAUGAAGUUGGACAGCAAGUUGCAGCAGCUCUGGCAUACCUUGAACAGAAGAAAUUGUUCCAUGGUGACAUUGCUGCCAGGAAUGUCCUCCUUCAGAACAGCUUCACUGCCAAGCUGUGUGGUUUGGGGCUGGCCUAUGAAGCUCAUGCAUACGGUGCCAGCUCAGUCACAGGGAUGGUACCAGUAAAGUGGCAAGCACCAGAGCGGCUCCUGAAGAAACCCCCUAGCAUUAAGGCAGACAUCUGGUCUUUUGGAAUUCUAUUGUAUGAAAUGAUUACAUUAGGUGCUCCACCAUAUCCUGAGGUACCACCUUCUGACAUCUUGCCAUACCUGCAGAGACGGAACAUUAUGAAACAGCCUUCAAGCUGCCAGCAAGCCAUGUACAACAUCAUGAAGUCCUGCUGGCAGUGGAAUGCAACUGAUAGGCCUUCUCCUGCGGACCUGAUCCAGUUGCUACAGAAAGCUGUAAAGACCAGCAAUGACCAUGCAGUACUGCAGGUGCCUGAGCUAGUGGUGCCUGAACUCUAUGCUAGUGUUGCUGGUGUUGCAGUAGACAGCCUAGUGAGUGAAUACACUGUACUCUGAAGGACCCUUUCCCAUAUUGGUAAAGGAGUCAUCUCUGAAUUUGCCCUUUCUAGACAGUUUGCAAGCUCAGAAUGAGGUGUGUAUGUUGUGAGGGAUCUCUUUGUUUUUCACUCACAUGAUAUAUUUCAGAUCUCUCCUCCACACCUGAAACAAUGAACUAGUAGUAGUAGUAAUAUUAAAUCACCUCGUUGAUACCACUUUGAUAGUGGUCAUUUGGAAGCAAAGUGGGUCUAGGAAGCUGUAGCAAAUGGAAUGACAAAUUUCAGUUGAAGGAUAUUUUGGGAAAUAUAUCCUCAUCUUGCUGUCCCGUAAAACUGCAUCAUUUAGAAUACGUUUCUGAGUUGUAUUCAGAAGAGGAGGUGUCCUGGGGAAUAUGGUAGGGGGCACAAUCCUAUUAGAAAAAGUGGACUGAGUAGGUAACAUAAAUGGGUAGUUUUCUGUCCAUUACUUACACAUUCUCCAAGGACCUAUUCAAGUUAGUUGCAUUCUUGCCUGUUAAGUGUUCAAUAAAUGUCUCAUAAAUGGAUAAUGUUAAGUGUCCAAUAAAUGGAUAAUUUCAGAACAAGCUGAAGACUUGCAGCAUCCUACAAAGCCAAAACUAGGUUUGUUAGCCACAUAGGAUAUGCACGGCUGGAAGAAAAAAAAAAAAAAAGAAGAAAAAAGGUUAUGUCAAAAAAAGCUAAUCAGUGGCUCUUCUGAAGGGCAGUAUGCAUCCUGUAGGAAAUGUUCAACCAUUAGUAGUACAUCAGUAUGGGGAUAGUUAUAUACUAAGAAUAUAUAGCUGUACAAAAGAGCUUAGGUUCUUUUUUUCCAUCAAAAUUUAUUAAUCCUCCCAAGACAAUGUAAUUGAAGUUUUCUCCUCUAAAUGUAAAAUAACAUGAAUAAAAUGUUUGUUUGUUUUUUUCCCUGUAUGGUGUAGGCUUUUAACAAAACUGUUUACUUCCAGAAAUAAAGGUAACUUUGGUUUAUAAUGUACAUACAUCACCACUAUAUACUGGAAUAUUGCAAACUCCAUUAAGGAGUUGCUCAGUUAGCUUUCUAGCUUGAGGAAUUGAAACAUCUUAUUUUUUUUAGAAUGCUAAAACGUGCUAAAAAAUGUACAAUAAUAUCCUCUUCUCUAUCCCUCAUUUGAGAAGAGGGUUAACACUACCUGGUAAACAUAGGUUAAACUCACAAUUACCAGUCAGUUGAUAUUAUUUUUCAUGUGUGAAUAAGCUAUUCAUUAAAAAACGUUUGCUUGGCUCAAACCUCCCACACAAGAAUAGGAUACUCUCACAGGUUUUGCCAGCGAAAAGUGUACGGCGAUUGCGGGUACGUAAUACAAUCUCAGAACCUUGAACAGCAUCCAUAGUACUGGUGCAGACCUAAUGAAUAAUGCACGGUUGUUCAGAGGGAGCUUUGUUAAAUGGAGAGAUAAAUGUGACAAAUGCAUCACUGUUCUUAAGCUCCCUGUCUUGUUACAUCACAAAAAGCAAGGUUCUGGUUUACAUGAAACCUCAUACUUAAUCAAAACUUUGAUCAAGGGAAUCCAUGGGAAUUCAGGAUGAUGAGCAACUUACAGCCUCUAAGAAAAUAUCUGCUUUAGUUUCAUCUGAGAGCAAAUCUGUGCCAAGACACUGUUUAUGAAUCUGUCCACAGAAACACAUAUUUCUGAUAUAUAUUAAAGUCUAAAAUCAUUUAUCUUUCAUUAAAGUGGCUUGAGUCUCAGCAUGUGCAUUCUUAUGAUGAUUUGACAGCCUUUUCCCCAGGUUAGUUCAUACAGGUUUGGAAGUGACUGAAUCUAAAUCUGGUUGAGUUUUAUAGUGGCAUAGAUGAAUUAAACACGUGUAGAUGCCCUACAGUUCAUGAUAAUUAAAAUAGUCUAUAUAGCAACCUUUUCCACAUGUCAAUCUCCAUUCAUGCAUGGGAUUUUUAGGAUCAGUAUAGACUCAUGCAUGAAUUCCUCGUUAGUGAAACCACUGAGGGCUUUGUGAAAAUCUUUAACAGUUGUUUCGUGGAGAAGAAUGGGUUUUCAACAAAAGACUUUAUUUAAUUGGGAUAUCUUGUUCCCAUAGAAAAUAUUGACUUUUUAGUAUUAGACUGUAAUUUUCCCUAAGAUGGCAGAGUUGUCUGCAUAAUUCAGUCAGCUCCUGCUUUCUUAGUGUGAAAUGCAGCCACAGAACUGGAAGAAUGGACUUUGCUCCUGAACUUUACCUCUCAGAUUCACAAUACUUCCAUCAAACAAGUUGCUGUUACUGAGAAAGCAUGACUAUGAUGUUAUUGAGAAUGCAUGAGCAUCAGGACAGUAAAAGUAGCUGAAAUUUUUAUUACAUGAAUUAGAAUUGGUUGAGUUCAUUUCUCUGGAUUUAUCAUCCAAUAUACUAGUGCUUUAUCUAGAAACCAUCUCCCACCAUUUGGCAUCUCAUCUCCAGAGAUACCAUAUGUGUACACUGUGGAAUGGGAGGCAACACAGACCCCCCCCCCUUAGUACUAGAGCUAGAGGCAGUGGUACCAUGACAGUAAGACAGUGCCUGAGCAAAUUAGUUCUGCUGAACAGCAGUGUAUGUUAAUCUGAAUGUGGCACCUCCACAGUAACCCUGUGGUUUGAUGUCAAUCUCCAUUCCCACCCUGAGGAUGAUUCCCCCUCAAACAGUGCUUUUCUGCCUGACUGUGAUGUCUGUAGAGGAAAGAAUUACUUUGGAUAGUACUUUUGAGGAGUGUUUUGUGGCCUGGUUAGUCUUUUAAAUUACAUGUUCAAAAAAAAAAGUUCAAAAAAAUCUCCCCUGUGCACUGCUUGAUCUAGGACAGACCUGUUUUGUCAGUUGGAGCGCCAAGAGGCCAAGGACAGCUUAGUCCUGCUGCAGGGGCUGCCUCACCACCUCAGAGCUGCUUCCAUGGAACAGAGUAGGAGCACGAAGGUGCAUUAAUCACUGGCUGCUAGGUGUUUUGGGGUGGUGGAAUUUUUUAUUUUUUUUUGAGAGAUAGUUAAGGGGCAGUAGUCAUUGACAUUUGAAAAAUAACUGGUCAGGAGAAGGGAGUUCAGCAAUUUUGCCUUGACUGGUUAGUUCUGAUUAUGGUACCACUGUGCAAUUGCUUGAGUUCUUGCAGUGUCUGGUGUUUUUCAUGUACCAGCUGCACUGUGUAACACGACUGAUGUGUGACAUAGAGAACCCACAUGUUGUGUUGCAUGAUCUCUGCAAAGCAUAAUUCUUUAAAAGGGAAUUGUUGGAGAUGCACUUUGCAGUAAAAAUUGGCUUCUGUCUCUGAGAUGAAUCAAGAAACUGUCCGCAAUACCCUUUGUGGCAUUCUGGUCUCUUCUCCACUAGGAACCAGAGGAAUUCCCUCACCAUUAAUAGCAGAAGAGAAGAUAUGCAGAUUUGGAAGGGUGUUAUGUUUUCUGGCAUUGAUUGGAAGAAAAUAAUAAAAUAAUACCUUAACCA